ACCCCAGAUCCCUCUUGUCCCUGUUCGAUCCCACCGUCUUCUUCUUUUGUAUAUUCAAUCUCUGUAAAUAUCAUUCACUCAUAGUUUUUACUUAUAUAGAUCCAAUCCACACAUUCUAUUGUACAUCACGAUUGUGAAAUGAUGCAACUCAAAACCCUAACCCUAGAUCCACCACCUGGGCUGAUCUUCCCGUGCCUCAACCCUCCAAACAAGACCCUCAAAUUUCACCGAUUCCUAGUACUUAUUCUGACCUUCACCGCCUACGCGGCCUUCCAUGCCUCUCGUAAACCCCCCAGCAUUGUUAAAUCUGUGCUCACCUCUCCCACCCCCGAAUUCCUCAAUGCCACCAUAAGCAAUGGUACCACGGCAUCAAAUUCUGAUAAGGGUUCAUUUCAGUUCUCCAGAAAUCCACUUCAGAACGACACAGGAUGGGCACCGUUCAAUGGACCUGAUGGACCUCACCGUCUUGGGGAGCUUGAUCUCUCGUUUCUAUUGGCCUAUUCCAUCGGCAUGUAUUUCUCUGGCCACAUAGGUGAUACCAUUGAUUUGAGGAUUUUCUUGACAAUCGGGAUGCUGGGUAGUGGCAUUUUUGUAAUAUUUUUUGGGUUGGGGUAUUUUCUUGAUUUGCAUUCUCUCUGGUUUUAUGUUACCAUACAGGUUCUGUGUGGGUUGUUUCAGUCUGUGGGGUGGCCUUGCGUGGUGGCAGUGGUGGGCAACUGGUUUGGGAAGGCGAAACGAGGGUUGAUCAUGGGGGUAUGGAAUUCUCAUACCUCCGUGGGAAACAUCAUGGGGUCUCUAAUUGCUUCCUCGGUAUUGGGGUUUGGAUGGGGAUGGUCCUUUAUGCUGCCUGGUAUUUUCAUUGUGAUGGUGGCUUUUCUUAUUUACUUGUUUCUUGUCGUGAAUCCAGAAAACAUUGGGUUUGAGUUAUCAGGGGAGGAGGUUGAGAUGAGUGUUGAAGGAGUGGCUCUAGUGGAUUCAGAAAUAAAUGAUACAGAGGAAUCAAUGGAAUAUGAGGAUGUGGAGAGUUCAGUUGCCAUAGGAUUCCUUGAGGCAUGGAGGUUACCUGACGUGGCAUCUUUUGCAUUCUGCUUGUUCUUCUCUAAGCUCGUGGCAUAUACAUUUUUAUAUUGGCUGCCGUUCUACAUAAGACAUACUGCUGUUGCAGGUGUGCAUCUGUCACAUAAAACUGCUGGGAUCCUCUCAACAAUUUUCGAUAUUGGAGGAGUCUUCGGUGGGAUUUUGGCAGGAUUCAUAUCCGAUAUGAUUGAUGCUCGAGCUGUCACUUCAGUUAUAUUUUUGUUUCUCUCAAUUCCAGCUCUUCUUUUGUAUCGAAUAUAUGGCAGUGUGUCAAUGUUCGUCAAUAUUGCAUUAAUGUUUGCUUCUGGUUUACUGGUAAAUGGACCGUAUUCCCUAAUUACCACAGCAGUUGCAACUGAUCUUGGUACAAAAACCUUGAUAAAAGGAAAUUCUCGUGCAUUAGCUACUGUCACUGCAAUUAUAGAUGGUACUGGUUCUGUAGGUGCUGCUCUUGGACCUCUUUUGGUUGGAUAUAUUUCUACUAGAGGAUGGAACAGUGUAUUUUUCAUGCUUAUUAUUUCAAUAUCCUUUGCGGGGUUCCUGUUGAUUCAUGUUGUGAAAAAGGAGGUUAAAGAAAAGCUGAAUGAUGGAAAAUGGCUUUGGUGCAGCAUACUCACCCAUUAAUAAUGGACUUCGUCAAGACCUUUUUGCUCACACAUUUACAUCUUGUUAUAGAACGACUUUUUCGUUGCUGAUAGGAUAAAAAUGGAUGAUCCAUGAGAGAUAAAAAUUCCGCUGCUGCUAUUUUUUACUAUUAGGAAGAGUAUUAGUCUAUACAUCAAACUGGAACUUGUCUGGGUUCCAUCCUCACAUGUAUUAUUAUUAUUUUUUUUUUUUUUUGUCAUAUUAGGAAAUCAUUUUGUAUACUAGCUUGCAGGAGAUAGGUCGGAAACAUUUAUUUCAGCACAAUUCACCUUUUCUACUGCUAUUUUUCAUUUACUAUUUGUACUUCAUUGAGCUUGUAGCUUGUAUUGAUUGAGCCUGUUGUAAAAUCUAGAAUACACAUAAAUCAUUUUUUCCUUUUAGAUGCCAUAUCCCAUGCCUGCCUUGGUUUAUAUUCGUAUUUCUUAUUUUAUAUGUUCUAGUGUGGCCAUACAUCGAUAUUGACUUCCUCAUUUCAGCAUCAUUCAUGUUAUACAUUUUAUUGAAUAAAGACAUUGCCAUUUUUAAUAUGUCGUUUCUUACAUUUCUUUUGUUGGAUCUGAUAUUACUUUUGCUGUCGUACUGUUGGUAUUUAAAAGUGUACUACAUAAUUUUUUGGAAUUUGAGAAAAAUAUUUAUGUCUUAAUUAAGCUGAAAGCUUUGUAUGGAUUUAAUUUGAGUUCUUCAUCCAUGACUAGUUCGAUAGGUUCUGUUAGUUUGUUUCCUUCCCUUUCAGCAUAAAUUUGGCUUUAGUGCAUUCAUGGGAGAAGGAGCUUCAAAAGCUGAAGUGUGAAUACAGUUGCUUAUUUGUAUUAAGUUGUUAAGGUGUAUAUUUCUCAGUUCAUUGGUUUCUGCAGUUGCUAGAGGUCUUUUUAUUUCCUUUUUCUUUUAAUUAGCUUCAAUUAUUUUUGGGGUUCGGAACCGAGAGGUCAACGGACAUAUCUGCAGUUGUAACUGUUUUGGAUCAUUUGGUUCCAAGUACAUUCAGGAGUUGGAAUUUUAUCAGUUAAAGCGGAAGGGAUUGAUACCAAUGGGUUCGGGCAGUGGCAGGCCAAGUAAUAACCCAACUCCUCGGGUGGGGUCCACCAUCAAAGCACCCUCUCCUCUGUCUUCAACUCCAGAGUCUCUUCUUCCUCCCACUCCCACAAUGAGGAACAUAGACUGGUCCCUGAAAUUGCACUCCAUCCAUCACCCACGAAGUUACCAUUGCUUGGGAAGCCUACGUGGACAGAUGGAAUCCAAUGUGGCAUGUUAACGGAGUUAAAUUGUCAAAUAAGCACUGCUUGACUGCCAUGUCGAAAAUGGUUAAUUGUUUCAAUACACAUUGAACAUUGCCCGUAGCCAUACUUUGCUCACUUCAGAUUGCUUUCUUUCAAAUGGUCACUAAACAUGUACAAGGUGUACUCCAUCCAUCUGCUACGAAGUUACCGUUGCCUUAUUUUCGAUUCACAACCUUGUAGGACAUAGCAAGUAUCUGAUACCUCAUCAGAGGGAGUUUCAUAACAGGAGUAUAAUGCCUUAACGUCUUUAUUCUGUAUAUUUUUUGGGAGAUUAUGUAUGGUAGAUGUACCAGUUUGAAUCAUGUUGACAUGAUUAAUUUUCUUUAAAUUAAGAUGAUUUUAAAGGUGGUCGUUGGCUACAAUGAAGUCACACGUUUGGUUCA